AUGGUUGCAAAUCUGACCCCACGAUGGACUCACAUCCGUUGUGGACAAAAGCUAACGUAUUUUGAUCCAUUUUCCUCUGCUUCUAGUGCACAAAAACCUAAAGAAGUCGAUGAUACAUUUGCAAAUAUUUCACAGGAGUCACCGAAGCCUGAAUUAAAAGAAGGAUAUAAGUCAUCUUCCUACUCUAUUGCAGACAAAAAAUUAGAUGCUUAUAUUGAUAAGCUCAGAAAGACGCUUCAACAACAAGAUCCAUCGUAUUCACUCAUUCAAAAUUCGAAAGCAAAAAUUAAAUUUGAUACAGAUGUUGGAGAAGGAGAUUCUGGUUCGUUAUUCUCGCUUUCUGCUCUUUCUGUUUUUAAGAAUCAAAGUACAGAUGAAAGGCCAGAAACUUUCCCUAAUGUAUCAGUAUAUCCUUUAGUGAAGAGGACAAAUUUCGCAGAUUUUGAACCAGUCGAUUCUCAACUUUCAGCUGUAAGGGCCAAAGAACGAUUAGAGCCAAUCACUAAAACAAGAGAUACUACACAUAAUCCUGGUGAUUGGCUCUCAAAACUCGAUUUAAAAUCAGCUGAGCUUUCCGUAAAUCAGCACAAUCAACUAAGGCAAUUGCUACAUCAAUAUUCAGACAUUUUCUCUUCAAAACCUGGCCGUACUAACGUAGUAAAACAUCAUAUUGAUGUUGGUGAUUCUAGACCGAUCAAACAGGGUCCUUACCGAUUAUUAAACCCUGAAAGAAAGGCAGAAUGCACUAAACAGACGGCCGAAAUGUUGAAUAAUGAUGUUGCCGAGCCUAGUUUCGGACCGUGGGCCAGUCCUGUAACUCUUGUCCCUACAAAGGACGGAACACUUCGUUUCUGCAUUGAUUUUCGCAAACUUAACGAAGUCACAGUGAAAGACACGUAUCCGAUUCCCAGAAUCGAUGAUACACUCGAUGCCUUAAAAGGACUAACUGGCUAUUACAGACGUUUUAUUAAAAAUUAUGCAGAAGUUGUUGAGCCUUUGUUUGACUCGAUUCGAGAAAAACACAACCCAUUGGAUGCCUGUGACUAUGGUCUUGGUGCUGUUCUCGCCCAAAAUAUUGAGCGCAAGGAACAUGUAAUAGCUUAUGCCAGUUUGCAGCCCUGUGAAAGAAAGUAUUCAGCGCCUGAACGUGAGUGCUUAGCCAUUGUUUGGGGUACGCAGCAUUUCAGACCCUAUCUUGAAGGACGACCAUUCGAAGUUUGGACGGAUCAUCGAUCUUUGCAAUGGCUGAGAAACAUAAAAGAUCCUACGAGUCGUCUAGCAAGAUGGGCUAUGAAACUCGAUGCCUACGACAUGGUUAUUAAACACCGUCCUGUAGAAAAUCAAGAAGUUGCUGUUAAUCUUUGGGACCAUUGUAAUAUUUUGGAUGAUAUAAAGUUGGCUCAACGCCAAGACAAAAACUACAGCCCUAUUAUCUCAUUUAUUCAGGAUGAUAUUCAGCCUGAUGAUGAAGUUUUACAUCGAAACCUCGAAAAUCUUGUCAAAACCCAUAGAGUUAUUGAUGGGAAGUUAUACAGGAUCCGAAAAUUUGAAGAAAAUUCUCCUCUUAAAAACAAUCUUAGCCCGCAUCUUCUAGUUGUUCCUAAAUCAAAACGUCUUGAGAUUCUUAAAUUAGCCCAUGAUCAUCCACUUUCAGGCCAUCUCGGACGCCGAAAAACCCUGCAUCGACUAUCGAUUCGCUUCUUUUGGGAAGGUAUGAGACGCGACGUUGCGCAAUAUGUAAGGUCUUGCGACCUAUGUCAGCGUUUUAAGGCUGCAAAUGAAAAGAAGGCUGGCUUAAUGCAAUCCCACGUAGUUCAGUCUCCGUGGAAUACUAUCGGAAUCGAUCUGACCGGUCCUCUGCCUAAAACUCCCCGAGGAAAUACCUAUAUUUUAGUUGUUACCGACUAUUUCACAAAAUGGGUAGAACUUUUUCCUUUAGGAGGUAUAAAAUCGAAACAAAUCGCACAAGUUUUGCAUGACGAAGUCAUAUGCCGUCAUGGUGUCCCCGUAAAAAUAGUUUCUGAUAAUGGAGCGCAAUUUGUUGCAGAGAUUUUUCGAGAAACUUUAAAAAUCAUGGGCAUUCGACAUCGAACAACCGCUCUUUAUCAUCCUCAAUCCAACCUAUCUGAGCGUGUUAAUAGAACACUAAAGCCGAUGUUGGCUAUUUUUGCUCAAAAUGAUAAGGAAUCUUGGGAUAUUCGAUUGCCACAGCUAGCGUUAGCCAUUCGAGCAGCCAUAAAUGAAUCGACAGGUCAAACUCCUGCAUUUUUAAUGUAUGGGCGGGAACUUAAAUUGCCUCUUGACUUAAUGUAUGGUCCAGAAGUUGAUGUUCUUGAUGAAUUAAGAUCAUCCGAUGAAGUACGAGCCUAUACAGAACGUCUGAAAGCAAUUUUAGAGUCUGCGCAUGAAUCGGCUUAA